CGGGAAAUAUGAAAUAUCACAUAACAAAACUCAAAGUAAUAAAAGCUUAUGAACAAGGGAGCAAGCUUAAAAGAAAAACAUACACUACACUUUUGUUCAAACAAAUCGCUCCACCGCACUUUCUUUGUAGCUCACUAGCUGUGUAGGCUUGACAAAUGGGAAAAGAUUCAGGAUCAUCUUCUGGUUUUAUUAACAAGAAUGAAGUGUUAGAUGUUAAGCCAUUGCGAACCAUAUAUCCCGUAUUCCCAAAGCAAUCCGGUAAUCCAUCACUAACAGGAUCUUCCUCACCCGGUGUCACACCGUUUUACCCUUUUUUGGUUCAAAAGGAGUCUAAAGGACCAAAACCUAAUCAAGCAGGGCCUUCCACUUUUGACAAGACAUUACUAUCACCAGUGCCACUAAAUUCUUACAAAACUCCAUCCCAGUAUUCAGAUGGAGAUUCAGGACCAUCAAGAAGGGACAUCAGGAGUCAUAAAGGUGUAUCUGCACUCGAUGAUGGUUAUAGCAACUACCAUAAUCAGAGUGACCGGUUUGGAGAAGGUACCAGUAAGAAGCGAAAAGGAAAAACACCGAAAACAACUGCUGUAGUUGAUCGCUCAGCUUCAGUGGAUGUAGACGACAUUGUUGCCAAAUCUUUGAAAGAGUUUAAACUUAUUGACUUGGAACCUGCACAACAAACUGAUGGGAACAAGGAGUUAAUUGAUCAGAUACUCAUGGUUUAUAAUUUGUUGCGGAGAAGGAUUAUUCAACUUGAAGAAUCCAGGGGAGAUAAUCCCAAGUUUACAAGACGUCCAGACAUGACGGCAGGACAAAUGCUGAUGAGGAAAGGUAUUCGGACAAAUAAAAGGAAGAUAAUUGGAGCUGUACCUGGGAUCGAAGUUGGUGAUGUUUUCUUUUUCAGGAUGGAAAUGUCUCUUGCAGGUUUGCAUGCUCCAGUUAUGGCUGGGAUAGAUUACAUGGGUGUGCACAUGAGUGGUUUGGAAGAACCUUUGGCUCUGAGCAUCGUUUCAUCUGAAGUAUAUGGAGAUGUAGAUGAAGACGGGGAUGUCUUGAUUUACAGUGGACAAGGUGGAGUUGAUAGGAAAGAUGGAAAAGUGGCUGAUCAAAAGCUGGAAAGAGGUAAUCUUGCUCUGGAGACAAGCAUGCAUAGAGGUAAUGAGGUAAGAGUUAUAAGGGGUCUGAAAGAUAUUGCUAAUGCAACCGGAAAAGUAUAUGUGUAUGAUGGCCUGUACAAGAUCCAUGAGUCAUGGAAGGAGGAAGGGAAGGGUGGAUGCAAUGUUUUUAAGUACAAGCUUGUUAGAAUACCCAAGCAGCCUAAAGCUUUUACUCUAUGGAAAUCAAUUGAGCUGUGGAAGGAUGGUGUUACUUCAAGAACCGGUAUGAUCUUGCCUGACCUUACUUCAGGAAAAGAAAUUCUGCCAGUUUGUCUUGUAAAUGAGGUGGAUAAUGAAAGGGGUCCUGCUUACUUUACAUAUACACCUUUCCUCAAAUAUGAAAAACCAUUUAAUUUACCAAAGCCUUCACCGAGCUGCACCUGUAGAGGUGGAUGCCAACCUGGGGACAUUAAGUGUCCUUGUAUUCAAAUAAAUGAAGGUUUUAUUCCGUACGUUUCUCCUGGGGUUCUUGUGAGUCGCAAAACAAUGAUACAUGAGUGUGGUUCUUCUUGCUUAUGCCCUCUUACUUGCCGAAAUCGUGUGUCUCAAGCCGGUUUAAAAGUCCAUCUGGAGGUGUUUAAAACAAAGAAUAAAGGUUGGGGGCUUAGGUCUUGGGAUCCAAUCCGCUCCGGACAGUUUAUUUGUGUGUACGGUGGAGAGGCAAUUGAUACAUCCAAAACAAUGGAACUUCGUGGUGAGGAAGAUAAUUAUUAUAUAUUUGACUCCACUCGUGCAUAUCCUUCAGUAGAAUGUUUCCCGGAUGGUCAUGCUGAAGUCCCUCUUCCCCUUGUUAUAAAUGCAUAUAGGUCUGGUAAUGUUGCUCGUUUUAUGAACCACAGCUGUUCGCCAAAUGUGUUUUGGCAGCCAGUUGUAAGAGAAAAUUACAAUGAAGCAUAUGCUGAUAUUGCCUUCUAUGCAUUUGGACACAUUUCUCCUCUGCAAGAGUUGACAUUCGAUUAUGGUAUGGUCCAGGAAAACACACAGAUGAAGAAAAGUUGCCUAUGUGGUUCUUCUGAAUGCAGAGGUUUUUUCUAUUGAACUACAUGGAGCUGUUGCUAAAGCUGCCUACAAUAAAAGGCAGGUGGUAAUAAAACAUUUAUGGAUGCAUCUCCUCUCUGUCUGCACACAACCAGAAGCUGUUAUGUAGCUAGGAGGACCAUGAUGUUGUCGAAUGCAGCAGAAAUGUGAACUUCUGUGGGUGUUAAAAUUUUAGAUUGUAUAAUGAACUCUUGCUGGGGCAUACUUUUGUUUUUGUUAAAAUGCAUAGUGUGGUUCCAGGCUGCAGCACAGGUCAAUGCAGUAGUAGGUGACAGUAGUUUUCCCCUUUACUCUUCACCUGUUUUUUGCAAAAUCUCACUUUAUGAAUUUGUAAAAUCUUUUGCUGAUGGUAAAUUCCGAUUGAUGUGUC